CGCGAGGGAAUAAGUUGAAGGAUCAUGGCGACGUGUAAUUUGUUAAAGUAAAGGAGGGUACAGAAGUGGGUCACUUGCUUUCUUCUGUGCAUAUCUUUGGACUGUGGGAGGAAACCCAAUGCCAACACGGGGACAACGAGCAACAUCCCCAGAGAAUGAGCAGGGAUUGAAUCCCAGAGCUUAAACCACAGUCCAGAACAAGGGUUCCCUCCAAUUUGAAGACAAGUGGGAUUUGAUGCGGCCCAUCGUCUUGAAGCUGCUUCGUCAAGAGUCUGUCACCAAACAGCAGUGGUUUGAUUUGUUUUCAGACGUUCAUGCUGUUUGUCUGUGGGAUGACAAAGGCCCAGCAAAGAUCCAUCAAGCCCUAAAAGAAGAUAUCUUAGAUUUUAUCAAACAGGCCCAGGUGCGAGUGUUGAGCCAGCAGGAUGACCCAGCCUUGCUGAAGGCCUACAUUGUGGAAUGGCGAAAGUUUUUCAUCCAGUGUGACAUCCUGCCUAAGCCCUUCUGUCAGCUGGAGAUCACCCUAAUGGGCAAGCAAGGUAGCAAUAAAAAGUCCAAUGUGGAGGACAGCAUUGUAAGAAAGCUCAUGCUGGACACGUGGAAUGAGUCCAUCUUCUCCAAUAUCAAGAACCGGCUGCAAGACAGCGCAAUGAAACUGGUUCAUGCUGAACGAUUAGGGGAGGCCUUUGACUCACAGCUGGUCAUCGGGGUUCGUGAGUCCUAUGUGAACCUGUGCUCUAAUUCUGAAGACAAACUACAGAUUUACAGGGACAACUUUGAGAAAGCAUACCUGGAUUCUACUGAGAGGUUCUACAAGACCCAGGCUCCCUCCUACCUACAACAGAAUGGGGUGCAGAACUACAUGAAAUAUGCAGAUAUUAAGCUAAGGGAGGAGGAGAAGCGUGCUCGGCGCUACCUUGAGACAAGACGUGAGUGUAACUCCGUACAAGCGCUGAUGGAAUGUUGCGUGAAUGCACUGGUAACAUUGUUCAAAGAGACGAUCCUGGCGGAGUGCCCUGGCAUGAUCCGUCGAAACGAGACUGACAAACUACACCUCAUGUUCUCACUCAUGGACAAGGUGCCCAGCGGCAUCGAGCCCAUGCUGAAGGACCUGGAGGACCACAUUGUGAGUGCUGGACUGGCAGAUAUGGUGGCGACUGCAGAGACUAUUACCUCUGACUCAGAGAAAUAUGUGGACCAACUUCUCACACUAUUCAGAUGCUUCAGCAAGCUAGUAAAGGAGGCAUUCCAGGAUGACCCACGCUUCCUAACAGCUAGGGACAAAGCAUAUAAAACAGUGGUGAAUGAUGCUACCAUAUUUAAGCUUGAGUUGCCCGUAAAGCAGAAAGGGGGUGGACUGAAGACGCAACCAGAGUCCAAGUGUCCAGAGCUGCUGGCUAACUACUGUGACAUGUUGCUGAGGAAGACACCACUGAGCAAGAAGCUGGCAUCUGAGGAGAUUGAAGCCAAGCUAAAGGAAGUGCUACUGGUGCUCAAAUAUGUUCAGAAUAAAGACGUGUUUAUGCGUUACCACAAAGCCCAUUUGACACGACGACUGAUUCUGGACAUUUCUGCUGACAGCGAGAUUGAAGAGAACAUGGUGGAAUGGCUCAGGGAAGUGGGUAUGCCAGCUGACUAUGUAAACAAGCUGGCCAGGAUGUUCCAGGACAUCAAAGUGUCUGAGGACCUGAACCAGUCCUUUAAAGAAAUGCAUAAACACAACAAGCUGGCUCUACCAGCCGACUCAGUGAAUAUCAAGAUUCUGAAUGCAGGUGCCUGGUCACGUAGCUCAGAGAAGGUAUUUGUGUCAUUGCCCAUGGAGCUGGAAGACCUUAUUCCUGAGGUUGAGGAGUUCUACAAGAAAAACCACAGUGGCAGGAAGCUGCACUGGCACCACCUUAUGUCCAAUGGCAUUAUCACAUUCAAAAAUGAAGUGGGACAGUUUGACCUAGAGGUUACAACCUUCCAGCUUGCCGUGCUGUUUGCCUGGAACCAAAGACCCAGAGAAAAAAUCAGCUUUGAAAACUUGAAGCUAGCUGCAGAGUUGCCUGAUGCAGAGUUGCGCAGGACACUCUGGUCUCUUGUAGCCUUCCCUAAACUCAAACGUCAGGUGUUAUGCUAUGAGCCACAAGUCACCUCUCCCAAAGAUUUUUCAGAAGGCACCCUCUUCUAUGUAAACCAGGAGUUUUCAUUAAUUAAAAACGGCAAGGUUCAGAAGAGGGGGAAGAUCAACUUAAUUGGUCGCUUGCAGCUCACCACUGAGCGAAUGCGAGAGGAGGAGAAUGAGGGCAUCGUCCAGCUGAGAAUACUGAGGACACAGGAGGCCAUCAUUCAGAUCAUGAAGAUGCGGAAGAAAAUAACCAACGCCCAGCUCCAGACUGAACUCGUGGAAAUUCUGAAGAACAUGUUCCUACCCCAGAAGAAAAUGAUCAAGGAACAGAUUGAAUGGCUGAUUGAGCACAAAUACAUACAGCGGGAUGAAACUGAUAUUAACACUUUCAUCUACGUGGCUUAGUGGACAACCUGGCAACUAGUAACAGUGGCGACAACAAUGAAGAUGAUCAUAGUGAAGUCUAAUUACUGUUUUGGUUGGAGGCUUCUUGACCAUAAAGUGGGAUUGUGCAACAGACUUUGGACUACAGAAAUAUUGAAGUUCAAGCCUUACCUGAAAAACGGAAAUGCAUUAGGGACUGGAUUGUUAAAAAAAAAAAAAAAAAAAAUGCAUAACCCCAUGCUGUUCAUUUCUGGCUGCAUACCUGGGUUGAAAUCUUCAAGCCUCAGGACCAGGAUCCAUGAGGUCUGUUAAGAUGUCAUGUUAAGUACAUGGUUCCCAUCACUGGCCUACUGGACUGCUACAGACCUGUCUGGAAUGAAGUCUGAUGGUCAAGAUGUACCUUGACAGUGCUGCCUGUGUAGCCUCACCAUUGACGCUUUCAUUUUAGGUCUGAAUCCAGGUCUACAAGCAUUGCCACAGAUCACACACUGGAUUUACAGGCACUAAACCCAGUUCUUUUGAUUUCCCUUGUAAACCUGCAGCACUACUGACCACUUUGACAGUUUAAUAGUUAUUGACUCUGACUCUGCUCCUAUCCUUUGAGUCACUGCUUUGGUGGAGGCUCUUUUUCGGCAGUGAUGUUACUUUCAUGCUUGCAUGAUGUCAAAUCAUCAUCUGUUGUAAAAGAUCAAGACAGUAAUAGCAAAUGUUUUUUUAAGGCAGGAAGUGAAUGUGUAAUGAAUCCCAUAAGCCUUGGGUUCAGCUUUUGUGAAAGAUAGUGUUCCAGAAGAGUAUUUUUCUUUAUUUCAGAAUGGAAUGUUUAUAAUAUUAUAUAUAAUAUAAUUAUUCAUGGAAAUUGUUUGCUAGCAGAGAGGUGGGUCAUACAAGAAAGAACUUGCUGCAAACCAUAAUAUUUGAGACCUCUUUGGCCUUAUUGAGUUGAGUCAGGUCACUAAUUGGCUGACACACCACUCCAUUGAUGGUUUCAUUUUUUUUUUUUUUAAGGUGUCAUCUGAAUGUUUUCCUCUCACGUUCUUCUACUGAAGCAUCUUGAGACGCACAGGACCCACACUGGAGCAAGGUAGACCUACAGGUGUUGGACUUUUAGUUUGAAAUAAAGCUCUGAGGUGAAGAAAACAUCAGGUUUCACACUGUACCUUUUACUUUUCAGUUUUCACUAAUUAGCUCAUUACAGAAAUGAAAAAUGUUUAGAACUUUCUAAUGGUGUACCAAGAGUUAUUUUUGGGAGAAUAAUGUACAUUUGGUUCCAAGUCUAAAUUUUUCGUGAGAAUACAAUGAUUUUAUGUCCAUGUUUUUGCAUGUGCUGUAUAUAUUUUUGUGUGUACUUGUGGCUACAGAUUCAUCCAAAACUAUUUCACUAACUUUGGUUUCUAAAUUAUGCUGUAUUUUUCUUCUCUGAGACACUUUUAAAAGACUAAUUCUCAUAUCUGGUAUGCUGCUUGUCAUCACACUGAUACCCCUAAUAAGUUAGAAACUAACAUAUAGUUACUAUUUUAAGACAAACUUCCCAACAAACUUGUCUCUUGAAAAAGAGCUCCUGUGUCACAUUUCAAAACUGAUGUAGGUCUCCUUGUUUCAGUUCAAAAUACAGAAAUGUGUGUUUAGCACCUCAAAUUAAAAUCUCAAAUUUUGUAAUUUUCAAUCAGGUAAAAUAUUAAUACCAAAUUAUAGGGCUGUUUGAAUAGGAUGAAUGUGUGUAACAUUUUUAUUGCAACUGCACAGAACUGGGCCAACAGCUCUCCUGAUAGCUGUGUGGUCUAAAGUAAAGUUCAUCCAUGGUUGUCUUUUUUGAGAAUGUAAUGAUCAUGGAUAUAUUGAUUGAGUCUACUGGUUGCAUUCCAAAUAAUCCCAAUAUUUGGAAGACUCAAAAUACAACUUUUUUUAUAUAGAUCAGAGCACUGUUUGUUACACAAUGUCCUUUUCAUUAAUUACUGGCCUGAACCACUUUGGGCAAGUUUGCAUCUGUUUUCAUGCAAUUUUCUGAAAAACAGUUCACUUUGUGCAGAUGUGGCCCAUAAAUUGUGCACAGGUGUAAAUGACACCUACUUGAUUAAAGGCUGGUACCAAAAAAAAAAAA